AUUAAAUUUCAUCAUUCAUUUGUUUAGGCCGUCCGACAUAUGUGAACUUGUCAUGCUUCAUUUGCUUGAACGUGUUACGUGCAACGAUAAUUUACAUAUAUUUUAUGGAUAAUAUUACCUGGAAUGGCCCCAAUACGUUACAGUCUCCAUUACGAGGAUUAUUCCGAGCAUUUGAUGUCUAGAUUUGGAAAACUAUUGCAAAUGCAGUCACUGGUGGAUAUGACACUGAUGUGUAGUUCACACACUCUACGUGUUCAUAAAGCUGUCCUCGCUGCAAGUAGUGCUUACUUCCAGGAAGUACUGCAAAAACAAACUGGAGAGCCAUUAAUCAUUUUGAAAAUGCGCUUUAGUGUAUUAAAGUGUCUGGUCGAAUUUAUGUAUUGUGGCAAAACCCAGUGCUUAGAGGAGAAUUUAGACGAGUUAGUUUCUGCAGCACAAUUUCUGAAAAUCAAAGGCCUUUCGAAAGUGACGAAGGAAGGUCUUGGUAUAACAAGCACUGAUGAACUGCCAGUUUUUACUCCGCCAGUAGUCAUAAACAGACCUCCACAGUCAUUUAUUGAUUUACAUACACAAGACAUCGACCCGAAACCACCACCGCCAAUACCAUCAACGACGAGUACGAACCAAUCCGUAGACUCCUUGGGACGCACUAACAAGGAUAUGGUGGUGCGUAUCCCGUUUGAUAUCGAAAAUGGGAACAGUGGAUCAUCUGGGAUGGACUACACAGAGGGACUAAGAGCUAUCAAACCAAGGCGUGGGCGGCCUAGCGUAAGGCAACGAUCAGGUUGGGAUAACUCUGGAGUAUUGGGACGGGCCGCCGAACGUGCUCUUCUUCGUCGAGAGCAAGAUUCUCGAAAGGCCAUACAUCAGCUCAAACAUUUGCAAAGUAGACAUAUGCAGGAUUACAUGGAUAGAGUGACAUUGUCACAAGCGGUUAAUAGCAUUUGUGGUCCCGAAACAUCAACAUCACAGAACUACAUGGUUAUCGACAAUGAUCUUAUAAAUAUGGAUCAAGCGGUUUCUUCGAAUGCCCUCGACCCCUCUAUUGGAUAUAGUAAAGAUAAUAUGGUAACUAACUCAAUAACUUCAAGUUACUCAACAACACCCAUUUGUAACUCUAUAAAUGAUACUACCAACAGCGGUAUUAGCACUGCUAUGUCGCAGUAUGUUAAUGCACUGAAAAAUGCUGGGUUACCUACAGAUCUACCAAUUUUGUUUGAAUCUGGAGACGGAUCGUACAUUAAUGUUAAUGAACAAGUGCUUCUAGAUAUGGUUCAGAGUAGUGAGAUACAAUAUGAGGUGAUAGAACAACCAAAUAUAAUAGAAAAAGUUGCGGAUCCGAGUGAAAUCAAAAGCAUUGACGAUCUCUCUAAAUCCAUAGAAAGAGGAGAAAUGCUUUUAGGUUCAAAAUUUCAUGCUUCUACAACUAGAACUCCUAAAGAUACAGACCAAUUUAGUCAAGAAGACGCCAUUAAUAGCUUGAAUGCUAUUUUACCUGAUAAUUUAGAAUCAUUUACUGAACAACAAAAUUAUGUUGUUAUGGAUCCUCGUUUGCAGGACAAUAAUAGCUCUAUAGAAACUGUCAAUACGCCCGAUUUUUCAUGUAUUGAUGGGGACAUGCAAUUUUUUACCAAGUCAAUGAGCGACGAUAUAAAAAAAUAUUAUGAAGAGCAACAACUAAAUGACACGAGAGAUACGGAGCAAUUAUGCCCUACAAGUGCUAGCUUAGAUAGCAACUUCAAUAUGUCCUUAUUAGAUACAAAAACAACAGAUUUGACCGACAAUUUGAAUCAACAGUAUAAUUCUGAUUUAAGAAGAAAUGUGGAGUGUUAUGAUUUUAGUUUGCAACUACCACAAUCUACAGAAUUUAAAGAUGACGCAUUAGACUGCUUAAUAUCUACACCGAAACAAACAGACGUCGACAAUACAACUUUUGAAACGAAUGAUCAGCUGGAUCAAACUGCACAGGAAAGAGAUGAAAUUAUAAAAGAUUUAAUGAAUAUAGAAGAAAGUAUAAGGUUGUCGCAAAAUAAUGUAAACAAAGUUAACGACGAUUCUAAUAUUAAAGAUUUCAAUGACAGUUCUCUCAGUAUGGAAUUUGAUACUGAAAAUUUAAAUACAACGAAAAGGAAAACAAAUACAGACAGCACUGCUAGUGACUUAAACUGGCAUAUAGAUAUUGAUAAUAAGAGGUGUGAAAGAGAUGUUGAAAAUAACGAUAUGACUAAUAAUGUCAAUCAUGAAGAUAGUGAUACUUUGAUGACUGUUGAAAACUCUGUAAUUGAUUUGACUGAAUCUAUGAACGACAAUUCGGAACAGUGGGAUAGUGUAGCAAAUAAAUCAGACAAUGUAGAGGAAAAGGAAAAUGAGCAACCAAAUGCGAAAGACGAUUGUAAAGCUUUGGAAAAUGAUAUACCGUUCGCAGUGGGAUUACUGCCUUUAAAACAAACACAGCCCGUAGAAGGUAAUAGUCUACUGAAAAGAAAGAAUUCGAUCGAUACAGAGUUAUUCGACAAAUUAGAUACAAAGUGUUUAAAGCGUAAAGUUAAAUAUAAGAAUUUGUAAUGUCUAUUUAUUAUUUUAUUUGUUGAUAUUUGUUUUGUUAUUAUGGAUAAAUAGAAUAAAAUUUAGUUUUGUGUAAUAAAUUCUAAAACAAG